UGUGCACGAGUCGGUUGUCAAACGCCGUCAGAAAAAUGGUUGGCCGCAGAAAUCACGCGUAACAUUCACCUGUGCACAAAGCGGAACAGGGAAUAUUACCCAGCCGAGAGAGUUUAGCUACUUUCAUUCUUUUAGUAAAUUUGUUGCGAAAUAAGUUCCCGGUAGAUCGAACUCCAGUAGGCAUAUCCCGGCCCGAGUGCAACGAAAGCAAGCAACAGUGCAAACAAGAAGUUCCCGGACGGAGCUGCGUUACUGCGGGGACGGCCGUACCUCUUUCGGUAGACGACGUGCAGAUAAUGCAAGCAACAUAUAGAAUCCAUUGAUUUGGUUACCGUGUUGAUCGUUGUGUUAUCAUCUUUUUCACUCCCAAUCGGAAUAAAGUUAGUGUGCUCUGUUGGAAGCGUUGUUGCCCAGACCGCCGCGUGCUAGAAAGUGAACCAGUGUGUGCUUUUUUUUUCUUCUACCUACCACGGAUACAGUUCCGUGUUGGUCAAUGUGCAGUAUGUGGCAGUACGGUAGCUUGGUGUGUAAAUAGUGCGCAGUUACUUACCGCCGUGGCCAGAUCAUUGUGUGUUCCGCAGAAUAAUCCUUGAUCCGCAAGCUCUUGUAUCCAGUUAUUAAGUGUGCGUGUGUGUGUGUUUGAGCUGGUUCCGUCGGAGAUCAUUCCACUACCUGCCGUGACCGAUUCCGGAGUUCCGGAAUGGAAUUCUCACAGCCACCACCGGCCGUCGAUGCGGCACCGUCGCAGCAACAUUUCGCCAAUCCGCCACCCAUUAACCGUAUCCUAAGCUACCAGCAUCCACAGCCUCCUAAGCAGCAGUUCAAUUUCUACCACCACAAACCGUACCACCACUUCAAUGGCUUUCGAGGCAGCGGACCCAUGUCGCAGGAUGACUUCGAUGGCAAGCGGCUCCGGAAGUCGGUUAUGCGUAAAACGGUGGACUACAAUGCUUCCAUCAUUAAGGCGCUCGAGUGCCGCACCUGGCAACGGGACCAUCGGGACAGACGUGCCCUGCAGCCGGAAAGCAUCUACAUUCCCGAACUGUUGCCUCCGCCAAGCUACAUGGACAAUCCGAGCAAUGCGGUCACCACGCGUUUCGUCAAGACGGCAACGAACAAGAUGCGUUGUCCAAUCUUCACGCUUGCCUGGACUCCGGAAGGACGCCGGUUAAUUACGGGCGCAAGUUCCGGCGAGUUUACGCUGUGGAACGGGCUUAUGUUUAACUUCGAGACGAUUCUACAGGCACACGAUGUCUCGGUGCGAACGAUGGUAUGGUCACACAACGACAACUGGAUGGUAACGGGCGAUCACGGCGGGUUCGUCAAGUACUGGCAGUCGAACAUGAACAACGUGAAGAUGUUCCAGGCGCACAAGGAUCCGAUACGCGGAAUCAGUUUCAGUCCUUCCGAUGCAAAGUUUGCGAGCUGCAGCGAUGACGGUACGGUGCGGGUGUGGGAUUUCCUGCGCUGCCAGGAGGAACGGGUGCUGCGUGGGCACGGUGCGGACGUGAAGUGUGUUCAUUGGCACCCGCAGAAGGCGCUGAUCGUGUCCGGCAGUAAGGACAACCAGCAACCGAUCAAGCUGUGGGAUCCCAAGUGCGGCCAGGCGCUUGCUACACUACAUGCCCACAAAUCGACGGUGAUGGAUUUGAAGUGGAACGAUAACGGCAACUGGCUGGUAACGGCCUCCCGGGACCACCUGUUGAAGCUGUUCGAUCUGCGAAACCUCAGCGAAGAGGUGCAGGUGUUUCGUGGCCACAAGAAGGAAGCGAGUGCCGUAUCGUGGCAUCCGAUCCACGAGGGUUUGUUCGCUUCGGGUGGGUCCGAUGGGUCGAUCCUGUUCUGGAACGUCGGUACGGACAAAGAGGUUGGCAGCAUCGAUAUGGCGCACGACAGCAUCGUCUGGACGCUGGCAUGGCAUCCGCUCGGGCACAUACUCUGCUCGGGCUCGAACGAUCACACGGUCAAGUUCUGGACGCGCAAUCGACCCGGCGAUCAGAUGCGUGACAAGUACAAUCUCAACACGCUGCCCGCCAGCUUGGCCGGGUUGGACGAGUGCGAGCUGGAGGAGCACAUCGUCAUCCCGGGCAUGGGUCCGGAGGAUAAGGUGGACAUUGUGGAAAGCAUUGCGACGAAGGAGGCGGGUCCGAUUCCGGGGUUGGAUCUGAACCUGAACAGCUUUAAUGAGAAGAUGCGCGAGAAGAAGAUACCGUACAGCAAGCCGAUCCCGCGCAACUUCCAGGCCCAGUGGAACGAAUCGAGCAAGCUGGACGAUCAUUCGACGACGGCGGAAGAAAUUAAGGAGGUGAUCUCGCAGAUCGUCGACAGUGGGCCGGCUGCGCCGAAGAAACCGCUCCCGACCGCCAUUUCGCUGUACGAGCGUACGAUCGCGGUGAUACCGGACAGUCCACUAGAGCAAGCAAUCAGCGAAGGAACGGAAGCGCUGAAUCGAUUCAUCGAGCAGGGUGGCAUUCCGGAGCUGCAUGACAUAUUCCCACCGAUCGCCGAACCGGACCCAUCGUCUGCGAACGGGGAUGACGGAGACCAACCUCCCAAACCGCCAGCCAAACGGGCGAGAGUCGACGUGGAGCCAAAGUUCUUUUACGGUCCGCUACCGUUCAUUGUGGAUCCUCCGGAGCAAUCGCGUGAUUCGCUCCAUUCGAUGGAAGAUGCGGCCGGAUCACGGUCGAAGGAUGAUCUUACGUUCGAUCCGAAGCUUCCGUCGCUGCUGCAGCUCGACGUAAAUCCACCGAUAACGGUAGAGUUCAAUACGAGCGAUCCGGUCGAUAUUGCGGCCACUCGAAACAGCUGGAAGGCGGGACGGGAAAAGCACCGCGAAAAGCGUGACCUCGAGGAGGAUAAAAAGAUCUGGAAAGAGUACAAUGAUCGCAACUGGGACGAGGAGGACAACGAUGAUUCGGUGAUGAUCGUGGAACCACCCACAUCUUCGUCGGCCAUACGAUCCGAUACGCCCCUUAGUCAAAACACCAACAGCAACGGGCAGUGGAUGCCGGAAUAUGAUAAUGAUCUGCCACCAGGACCGCCGCCCGGUAUGCACGGUUUGGCACCGUGGCAGAUGCCAAACAAUAGUGGUGGUGGUGGGAAUCAGCAUCCGGGUGGGAUGCCUCCGUUCGGUGGGUUUGGCGGUGAUGAUGACGGUGGUCGAGCGAUGGACGCAUUUAAUCUACAGCGACCACCACCACCGAUCCCGGGUGGACCGCCGCCACCAUUCGGCAAUCCGAAUCCAUUCGCGAUGAUGGGUGGCCAGAAUGAGGACGAUGGUGGAGGCUUUCCAAACAACAACAACCAUAACGCCGGCGGCGGCAAUCAUAGGAACGAAUUCAAUCGGAAUGAAUCGGAUUGGAUGCGCAACGAAGGCGGUGGGAAUCAUAGGGGAGGCAAUCACAGGAAUCGGGGAGGCGGUGGUAGAGAUUUCCGGGACGAUCGAGGUGGUGGUGGUCGAAGGGAUCGUGGGUUUGGAAGGCGAAGAAACUAGGAAACCUCACUUUUGCGUGUGCCGUGCCUCGUACCUCGGUAGAAGGUUGUACGCAUGGAAUGGGUGGGAAGAUGAUGGGGCAUGUGUAUGAUUGUGUGUGUGAUUGUUGCAUACGGCGAGAAGGACGUGUAUUCAUAGAAAAAGUUAGCAUUUAAGAAAAAGUAUGCUCUAAGUCCCCAUGUACAAAUGACUGUUCCCAAUAGUAGCGGAUAGAGCCAAUAAAGAAGAUGAGUCUGCAUGAACGGCAGAUCUUCAAGGAUAGUUUCGCCGUGGCCGUGAGAUAAAACCUAGGAAUGGAUAAAUUGAUAGCACGGUUUUAAAUGAAUGAGAUGAUGUUAGCAACAGCAGUGGAAUUGUGUCAAACGAUUUAAGAGGUGAGAAAAUUAUUAAACGAGUUCUAAAUUGAA